AGUUUUCUCAACUCGGGCUUUUGUUCUCUGUCAGGGCAGUAAAGUGAAGUUCGGUCACCGUUAUUCCGCGGGACAUCCCGUAUCAGAAUCACAGGGAUAAUAUUAGAGCUGCUCUAUUUCCUGGAGGAAAGACUCUCAGGAGGAUUGACUCGCAGCGAACUUUCCUUUUCCUCACAAUGGAAACUCCAUCAUCAUCACCAUCAUCAUCAUCAUCAUGAGAAGAACGCGAAGUUUUUCUGGAUGAGUUCUGACAGGAUUUUACAGCGAAUGAACCCUUUCUCCUCCCUCAAACGGGUUUUUAAGCAUAUCUCUGCGGAUCUACAACUCUUUAGGAACUCUUUAGCGGAACUUUACCUCAAGUUUCUUUAAAUCGGCAAGCGCGCUUUGGAUACAUUUCGUUUGAUCGCCGCUUUUUUUGGAUACAAUGUUGCAAGUCUGAGGUGAAUGUAUCAGGCUCGGAAAAAUCCUGACUGGAUCUGUGAUCAUGGCGCUUUCAGGUAGAUCUCUAGACACUUUGCACCUCAUUUUAUUUGUUUUAUGGACUUUAUCGCGUUACUCUUUAUCCAGUCAAGUUCGGCAGGAGUUUGAGGUUCUGGAGGAGCAGCCGGUGGGCACAUAUGUGGGCACCAUCGACACCAAACCCUCCUUUACUUACAGAUUCAGCGAACACCACAAACUUUUUUCCAUCAACGCCACGACGGGCGUCAUCUACACGUCCUCCGUGAUCGACCGAGAAGUUCUGCCUAGUAACAUCAUCAAUGUGGUGGUUCUGUCCAGUCAGCCCACUUACCCCACCGAGGUGCGCAUCGUGGUUUUGGAUAUUAACGACAACGCGCCGGUGUUUCCUGACGCGUCGAUCGUGGUGUCGUUCAAAGAGGACGCGAGCAGCGGGCGUCAGGUGAUUCUGGACACCGCGACAGACGCGGACAUCGGGAGUAACGGAGUGGAUCACACCACCUACCGGAUCGUCAGAGGGAACGAACAGCGAAAGUUUCGCUUGGAUAUCACCGUCAAUCCGAGCGGAGAGGGCGCUUUUCUGCACUUGGUCUCCACAGGAGGGCUGGACAGAGAAUUAACCCCCUUCUAUCAACUCCUCAUCCAAGUGGAAGACAAAGGAGAGCCCAAAAAGUUCGGGUAUCUGCAGGUUAACGUCACCAUUCAGGAUAUAAAUGACAACCCGCCUGCUUUUGACCAGGAUCAUUACCAGACCAGUGUGUUUGAGGACGCUGCCAUUGGCUCUAGUGUUCUCCAAAUAACAGCCACAGAUCUGGACGAGGGUACAAAUGCUGACAUUUCCUAUUUUUUAGAUGAAGGAACUCCUUUUCAGAUUGACCCCAAGGCUGGGACUGUGAUUAUAAAGGAGGGGUUGGAUUAUGAGACCAGGAAGGAGUAUUCCCUCACUAUCCAUGCAGUAGACAACGGCGUCCCCUCUCUCUCAGGCAGGUCAGAAGCGACUAUAAAACUGCUUGAUGUGAAUGACAAUGACCCCGUAGUUAAAUUUCGCUACUUCCCUACCACAUCCAAAUUCGCUUCGGUGGAUGAGAAUGCACAGGUGGGCACCGUAGUGGCACUAUUAACAGUUUCCGAUUCAGAUUCGUCCACGGCUAACGGUAAUAUUUCAGUUUCUAUACUUGGCGGAAACGAACAGAGACAUUUUGAAGUCCACAGUUCACCCGUCCCCAAUCUGAGCCUAAUCAAAGUAGCCAGUGUGCUCGACAGAGAGCGAAUCUCCUCCUACAACCUCACCGUUUCAGUGUCAGAUAACGGCAGGCCUGUCGCUCGCUCGUCUUUUGCAAGUCUGGUUAUAUUUGUGAAUGAUAUUAAUGACCAUCCACCCAUAUUUCAGGAAGCUGUGUAUAGAGUAGACAUCAGUGAGGACAUUCCUAAAGGCAGCUACAUUAAAGGGGUCUCAGCCACAGAUGGAGACUCCGGGCAGAAUGCCAAUCUCCGCUACUCACUGGUGUCUGGAAACAGUUUGGGCUGGUUUGCCAUCAGUGAGAACAGUGGUUUGGUUACCAGCGCAGCAGAGCUCGAUAGGGAAAUAGCUUCUCAAAUAGUGCUGAAUAUCAGUGCCAAAGACCAAGGCCUGCAGCCGAAAAUCUCCUACACCAAACUGAUAGUGAAUAUCACCGACGUUAACGACCAGGUCCCCACUUUCACUCAAAGCACGUAUCACAUUUCCUUAGUCGAGCAUUCGCCUGCCGGCUCCGAGCUUGUGGUGCUGUCCACCACAGAUUCGGAUCUCGGUGCCAACGGCACAGUCCGAUUCUCAUUUGACCCUGAAACCCCCGUGAGCAUUCAGAAUAAGUUCAGGUUAGAUGUAGUAUCGGGCCGGUUGAGUACAGCCACAGAGUUAGACAGAGAAGAAGAGAGCUCUUAUUUGCUGCACAUAAAAGCCACAGAUGCAGGCAUGCCCCCCCUUUACUCCAUCUGCAAAGUCAAUAUCACACUAAAGGACGUUAAUGAUAACAGCCCAGUGUUUUACCCUGUGCAGUAUUUUGCCAAUAUCAAAGAAAACGAGCCUUCGGGCUCAUUUGUGACUACUGUAACAGCUUCCGACCCUGACCUUGGCCGCAAUGGCACUGUAAAAUAUGCCAUCACUGCUGGUGACUCUUACAAGUUUCACAUCAAUAGCAACUCUGGUAGAAUCACAACUCUAGUGCCCCUCGACAGAGAGGAGAAAACCUCUUAUCAGCUGCAGGUCACUGCGACAGACGGAGGCGGAUUGCGCUCAAACACGCAAGCUAUAGUCACAGUCACUGUUGUAGACACGCAAGAUAACCCGCCCGUGUUCAGUCAGAAAGAGUACAGCUUUGUAAUGUUUGAGAAUGUGGCCAUUGACACCAUUAUUGGCACCGUGUCGGCCACCACAGUAGAUCUGAACACAAAUAUUACAUAUUUGAUUGCAUCAGGGGACCAGCGCGGUCUGUUUGCUAUCAAAGGCAGCACAGGGCAGAUCACAGCUUCAGGGCUGAUAGACAGAGAAGAGCAGGCAUUUUACCAACUCAGGGUGAUUGCAAGAGGUGGGGAGGUUACGGGGGAAGCAUUAGUUAAUAUCACAGUGAAGGAUUUGAAUGAUAAUGCCCCUCAUUUCAUUCACAAUGUCGAGCAUGUGAGCGCUGUGGAGAACUGGGCCACCGGUCACCAAAUAUUCCAGGCUAAAGCUUCGGAUCCUGAUGAGGGGACCAAUGGCAUGGUCGUGUACAGCCUCAAACAUAACCCCAAAGGCUUGUUUCACAUCCACGAAAGACACGGAUUGAUCACCCUCACUGGCCCCCUAGAAGUCACCACCAGCUCCUACCAGGUGGAGGUCGUGGCCUCUGACCUCGGUGUCCCUCAGCGCACCUCCAGCCUCAUUCUCACCAUCAGCGUGUACGACGUCAACGACAACGCGCCAGUUUUUGACCAGCUCUCCUAUGAAGUCACCAUUCUGGAAUCCGAGCCAGUAAACAGUCGGUUUUUUAAGGUGGAGGCCAGCGAUAAAGACUCAGGACUCAAUGGGGAAAUUGUGUAUGACAUCAUUAGCGGUAACACAAAUGACGUUUUUGGGAUUUUCCCUGAUGGGCAGUUGUAUAUUAAGGCAGAAUUGGACAGAGAAGUACAAGAUCGGUACAGUUUAUUAGUGGUGGCCAAAGACAGAGCCGUCGAGCCACUGAGCGCCAAUGUUAAUGUGACGAUUCUUCUCGACGAUGUGAAUGACAACCGUCCGCUUUUCAACAGCACUAAUUAUGUGUUCCACUUCGAGGAAGAGCAGGAGAGAGGCUCUUUCGUCGGGCUGGUUUUCGCUGAGGAUAAAGACUUUGGGCCGAACAGUGAGGUACGUUACUCCUUUGAAACGCCGCAGCCAAAUUUUGAGCUGAACGCCAUCACAGGUGUGUUGACCAGCACGCUACAGCUCGACCGCGAAUCUCUCAUGAGACAGAGAGGUGCCGCGGUGUUUAGUUUCACAGUUGUGUCCUCUGAUCAGGGCCUUCCCAAGCCUCUCAAAGACCAGGCCAAAGUUCAAGUGUACAUACAGGACAUCAACGACAACCCACCAAAAUUCACCAAAGAUAUUUACCAGGCCUCUAUCUCAGAAUCCGCCCAGAACAUGACGCAGCUGCUCCGAGUCUCUGCCUCAGAUGUAGAUGAAAAUAAAAACGGUCUUGUUCGUUACAACAUCGUGGAGGGAAAUGAGGAAAAACAGUUCAGCAUUGACAGCACUUCUGGUCAAGUUACUCUAGUGGGAAAACUAGACUACGAGACAACACCCUUUUACUCCCUCAAAAUUAUAACGGAGGAUUCUGGGAUUGUGCCUCUGUCAUCCACAUGUGUGUUGAGCAUCAGUGUCCUAGAUGAUAACGAUAACUCUCCGUCAUUUCCCAAAUCCACCCUCACAGUGGAUGUGCUGGAGAACAUGCGGAUUGGAGAGCUGGUCGCCUCCGUAACCGCCACAGACUCUGACUCUGGUUCCAACGCCGACAUCACAUACAGCAUCACCGCCACCAACAACCACGGCACUUUCAGCAUCAGUCCCAACACUGGCAGCAUUUUCCUGGUCAAAAAACUCGAUUAUGAAACGCAGUCCUUGUACAAACUCAACGUCACAGCCAAAGACAGUGGGAGGCCACCCAGGUCUUCCUCCAUUCCGGUCAUCAUUCAUGUGAGAGAUUUUAAUGACAACCCUCCUGUUUUUACACCAGGUGACAUUUUUAAGUCCAUCCCUGAAAACCUCCCGCUCUCCACCUCCGUCAUGACUAUAACAGCUCACGACACGGAUGCCGACAUCAACGGCCAGCUGGAGUACUCCAUCGUCAUGCAGACUCCUAGAGGAGGUCAUUUCCGCAUCGACCCUGCGUCUGGAGUGAUCUACACGAACAAAGAGAUUGACAGAGAGUUUUCCAACCUUUUUGAGCUGACCAUCAAAGCAACAGACCAAGCCGUGCCGGUCGAGUUCCGGCGUUUUGCUCUGAAAAACAUUACCAUAUGGGUGACGGACCAAAAUGACAACGUGCCAUUAUUUAUCUCCCAGAACGCCCUAGUGGCUGAAUCUAACAUAGUAAUCGGCUCCAUUCUGACAACAGUAGUGGCUUUUGACCCUGAUGAGGGUGCCAACGGGGAGGUGGAGUAUGAACUCUUAAGAGGAGAUUCAGACACGUUUAUCAUGGACCGUUACAGUGGAGAUAUCAGACUCGCCUCUCAGCUCCUUCCCUCAAAGCUCAUUUACAGUCUGAUUGUGUCCGCUACAGAUCACGGCACGGACCGCAAGACCUCACGGACGGAGCUGACCAUCAUCCUUCAGGGUUCAGAAGGCCCGGUCUUCUCCCAACCCAAAUACAUCACCAUUCUAAAGGAGGGCCAACCGCCUGGAACCAACGUCAUCUCUUUGGAUGCCUCCAGCCCACGUGGCACCGGCACCAAGGUGGAGUUUUUUAUUGUUUCAGUCCGGAGCGGAGGGAAGGCUGCAGGCCGGCUUUUCACCAUUGGCCGCCACUCUGGGAUGAUCCAAACAGCUGCAGAACUGGACAGGGAGCAAGGCUCGGACCUCUACUUGAUAGAUGUAUACGCCAUCGAAGCCGACGCCAGCCAGCCCAGAACUCAACAUGCAGAGGUGAGUAAUCAUGUUUUUAUUUGGGGGGGGGGGGGGGUGUCAGUGAUUUUGAUCGCUCUUGCAUAUUGUGUGAAAGGAAAUCUAAGGGAACAUAUUCUAAAACAUGUGCUGAAGUCAUUUGUGUGAAUGUGGUGGAAAAACCUAAGCGAGAAUAUCCAAACUAAAGAGGGGGAAAAGAGUGCUGGAUAACUGUACAUGCAUUACCAAAGUUCCUGCUUGUUUUUUUCCCCCCUGUUCUUUUUUAGACGAUCUGGGUUGUAUUAAGUAUAAAUUGCUUUGCACUUGAGAAUGUGGGCUUUGUUUUUUGGCAGGCUAGCUGUAUUGUUUCAGCUCGGAGAGAGCAUAGGCCUUAAUCUCAGAGUGGAGCGCUCGCUGUGCUCUGAGUUGCUCAGGCAGAGAGAGGGGAACCCUGGGUAAAAUGUGCUGCUUUGUAUUCCUGCUGUGAGCGAACUAAUCUCUCUUAUCAGCAGUGACAAAUUCAACAAAUCAGACGCCCAGACAGCAUGAUUGCAGAUAUUAAUAACACGAAACCACAGGAUGGAAUUGUUUGUUUCUUUCUUAUUGUAAUAGUUUUCUGGCCAAGGAAAUGCAGGGUAAAAGGGAAAUGAGCCGGGGAGAUCCGUGUGUGGGUCUGAGAUACCUGUCCCCCGCCGAGUAAGCGGAGGAAUUAGCCUGGGUUUGAACGCCUCAGGCGAUGUCGGAGCAGGGUGGUCCGUGAGACCCUGCUUUGUGCCACCAGCAUUGCCUGAACAAGCAAUAAGUGACCAUUAAAAUCAGCUGACCCUCUAAGUCUCAGUGAAUAGAAAUUUCCUUUCAGAGGUGGCUGAGCCGAGUAAGAAGAGGAAUCUCUAAAAGUGAAACUUAAUCCGCACGUUCAGUUGGUACACUGCGACGCAUCUGCGUUGCUCCCGCUAAACUCUCCCUCGAGGGAUAGAGUUAAACUCUCGGCUGCAGGAACCAGAUGAAAUUCUACACUGGGCUUGUGGGUUUGUGAGCGCAGGCCUCUGCUCAAAUGAAAAACAAAUGUGAUUCUAUAUAUGUGUGUGUGUUUUGGAAAUUUAAACUGGAACCGAAAAUGUUAUAUUAUUACAGGCUUGAUGAUUCGCGUUUAUAAAGUGGAUUUUUUUCCUUGUUCUCUGCUGCUGUGAUGAAAUGUGCUUUGUGUUAGAGUUUUGAAAAUAGUUUCCCGAGAGGCGUUGCUCUCCAUUCUGAGAGAAAGAGAAUGAGCGUAAUUAAAGCCAAAACGGUUUGCUCUGCUUUGCUUUGCCUUGUGAGGGGGUGUCAUCGCUUGUGUCAGACAACGGUGUGCUCAAGUCUCUCAUCUGAGGUUGUAUGAAAGUGUCCAUGUGACGUGAAGAUCAUACCAUGCAGCAGUGACAACAGAAGCAGAUGUGUGUGACAUUAGACCUGCUCAAACUCUUUCUGUGUGUGUGUGUGUGUGUGUGUGUGUGUGUGUGUGUGUGUGUGUGUGUAACUACCUAGCCAUAUUUUGAGUUUUUUAAAAACUCAGGAAGUUUUCUGUUAGGAUUAUGUUAGUGUAUCUACAAGUGUGUGUAUUUAACAAUAGCAGUCUAUGCAAUGUUCCAUUUGGAUAGUCAAGUAAAUGUGUGUGUGUGUGUUGGUGUGAAUAUUGGGCUUUUUCUCAGUUUCAAUGCAAAAUAACUU